UUUCGACUCGCGUCUCGAAGCGUAUCGAUAUCGUCGCCUCGCGGCCAACCACAUACAGGAAAGUGUCCUCUCGACUGGAGGAGAAGCGCAAGUACUCGGCAUGAAGGACGCGAAUUGGUUGGUGUUGAUUUGCGUUUUAACGGCGACCACGGUGCUCUCCUGUCGGCAAAGCGAGUUCCAAUGCGGGAACGGGCGGUGCAUCGCCUUGAACAAAGCGUGCAACGCUGUCAACGACUGUGGAGACGGCAGCGACGAGCCACGACAGUGUUCUCCGUGCAAUAAAACAUACUAUGGCGACGUGGGCAAGACCUACGAUUUGGAGCUCCAUCGACCUAAGGAGGACAAGGUGCCUUACAUUUGCAAACUCACCUUCAGUGCACCGGGUGGCGAUCUUGGAGACAUCGUGCAGUUGACGUUCGACAGUUUCACCCUGGGGAAAUUUGUGUCGUUCACUGCUGAGGGGUGUCCGGACGGUUCGCUCCAGAUUUCGGAGGCCCAACGACCGGACGUGGGCGGCCUCUGGUGCGGUACGUCGUGGGGGCCCGCGAUUUACUACAGCGAGACCCAGACUGUCUCCAUCACCCUCAAGCUGCUCAGGCUCAGCAAGGAUCAGACGGGAUUCAAUUUCGACUUCAGGAUGGCGUACAAGAUGAUCAGGAAAUCGGACGCCGUGGUACGUUAUGGCAAUCCUUUCGUAGGAAUAACGCAGGCGACAGGUACGCCAGCGUCGACAGAAACAACGUUAUCAACGUCCUCGAGCGACUAUAUGAACAGCUCGAUGGCGAUGCCGGUGCAGAUGGUGGAGCAGCCAUCAGAAACGACGAAACCGAGUACCGAGCAAUACCUGGGGGAUCUGAUAUCGGGCACCUACUGUUCCCGCAUAUUCAGCGACUGCGACCGGAAAAAGUGCAGGCUCCAGUCGCCCAACUUUCCAGGAUUAUAUCCGCGCAAUCUCACCUGCUACUACGCAGUGAGACAGCACGACGUACCACCUGGAAAACACGCGUUAAUUUCAGUGAAACAGCCUCGUGGCCAAUUGGUGGCCAUAAGAGCGAGGCCAGCGGCGACCCAAGCGGAAUCGUCGCCCCGUGAACUUCGUUUGUGGAACGAUUGCGACAUUGUCCAGGAUUACGUGACAGUGUACGAUGGUUACACGACUCGAGACCCGGUGAUCCUGAAAUUUUGCGGAGGAGGCGAACCAGUGCCGGAAGCGAUCAGUAGCGGAACCGAAAUCUUGGUCGAGUUCACCACGUCACCUUAUGGGACGUUUCUACAUCCUACGCCACCGCACUCGCUCCACGGUUUUCAAUUAGAAGUGCAAGUGAAGUUCGUGGACGCAGACUCGCCAACGUACGCGAAGAACAAACACUGCGAGUUCUGGUUGCAAGGGAGUGGGGGAGGAGUGCUCGCUUCCCCGCGCCACUCUUUGCCACGCAACAGCACGUGCUUGUAUCAUCUACGUGGCGCUGGCCCAGCACUUCCUAGCCCAACGCCGCCGCGUCCUUUGCCCAAGUUUCCGGAACAGAGGCCGGGCACCGUGUGGAGGAGGCCUGCACCACGAGCACCGCAGCCGCAGUUCCGCGUCUGGUUGUCCAUCCUUAAGUUCCACGUGGGCACGAGCCUGUCCACCGGCGACGAGGAUUGUUCCACCACGCUCAUGGUCUGGGAUGGAGAAAUGAUGCCCUUGUCCGAGUGCUACGAUUCCACUUGCGAAAAGGAGCAUCAACGUCACGGUGACAGAUCCGGUGCAGAUCCACCUCAUCCUUUGGCAGCUCGACCCGCUGGAAACACCACGUUGCUGGCACGAUACUGUAAAGACAAGGUGCCAAAGACUUGCGAUCAUGCGAUCCUACAAAACACCAGCCGUCCAUGCUCCUUGGGCGAGAGCUUCGUAUCGAGUGGAAACACCCUGACCAUCGAGAUGAGAAUGGUUGAAUCAACGGCUCUCAGGCCGGUGAAUUUUCGCGCCCUCUACGAGUUCGUGGAUCUUCACCAGGAUGGGGAUCCGUAUGGAAGCGGGCCGUGCUCGAGGAUAUUCUAUAGCCGUAAUCGAGAUCAUUAUCCUGAUCGUAGAUUUCAGGCGCCACGCGACAUUUCUUAUGGCCGCGGCGGAGCGAAAAAUAUAAGCUGCGUGUAUCGAUUCGAGGGCGAGCACGACGAGAUCGUGAAGCUGCGGUUCAACAAGCUUUUGAACGGGAACCGGACGUGCCGCAGCGUCUCCAGCCCAGACUUUAAUCGGCUCCUCUGCGUCGGAUCGGAGAACUUCUCCGUGAAGGUGCUCGAUCUUCCCUGGCCGAAUGCGCCGCCCGUGCAACGAGACUGCCUGUGUUCCAAUCGAUCACUGCCGAUCAAUAUCAAAUCGACCUCGAACAUCGUCGAGGUGCACUUCACCGUCAGGUCUAUGGACGCGUUGGACGACUACAAUAAUCUGUUCUUCGAAGGCAUAUGGGAAUUCGUCAAGACGAUUCCUUGUUUGCAGAAGAGGAGGGUGAGGGGGCCUUCCGGAGAGAUCAAGUACAAAGCUCCAAUUGUCGACGAGGAUGAGAAAAAUUGUGAGAAGCAUCCAUGGCUGAUAGAUCCUGGGCCGAAUCAAUACCUGUAUGUAAAAAUGCACGGGACGAUAAUGUCGAAUACCAGCAAGUGCGCGACAAAGAAUCGGAUCGUGGUACAUACCGGUGGCACGAUUCACGUGUCGGUGUGCCCGAAACCACCUGCGGAGUCUAGACACCACGUGGUCGAAGUUUUCAGCGACGGCUGGGCCGUCAGCAGCAAUGCCAUGAUUCUGGUGCCGGGUCAGGACCCCGUCAGGACUAUAGCCAUCGAGUUCAUUGUCAAGGAACCGGAUACGUACACGGUCACCUGGCUCGAGCUCACUAGAAGACCAUCGGUAACAUCGACAGCAGGGUUGCAGAUGCCACGUGACUGCGAACAGCGGUGUCCAGAGCUGGAUGCGUGCAUAAACGCUUCUCUAUGGUGCGACGGAAUCUCUCAUUGUCCAUCAGGAUACGACGAGGCUCUGACUCACUGUUCUGUCCUCCUGCAAUUGCCUCCCCUCCACUUGGGCCUUGGCCUCCUCGCCAUCAUCACGAUUCUCGCCGUCAUUAUCUUCGUGAUUUGGCGGAUCUGUAGGCAACGGACGAAUCGGUCGAUAUCGCAACAUAGACUGAAGAGCAUCUCCUCCGAGACGGCGAUCAUCGAUGGAAAGGAAGUGAUUUGCUGACACAGCGACAGUUCUGUGCGGUACGUCGAGGUCGACCGGGUGACUACCGUGUGACGAUCACCCACGGUCGUCCCAUUCGUCGCUCGUCGUGGCGUCGUCGCGUCCCAUUUCGCCUCCUCUUGAAGGAGAAACACGUACCGAUUUCACGACGACGUCCACCUCCACGUAACGUGCAGAACUGCUCUGAUAUACUUUAUAGGAGACCUAGACUCUGUUCUCAAAGAUGGUUCGCUGUUCGAUGAUUUGGACCAUUCUUGCGCUUCUUUAUUUAUCCACAGAGAGAGAUUUGUUAGGUAUUCAUAAAUUUGCUUUAGGAUCCUUGUUGGAUUCUGAAAAAUGAUGGAGAUUAAAUGAGAAUGAUGAAUGAGAAAACUCGAAGAUAAAUACUUGCAGAUAUUUUGUAGAUAUAGACCAAUGUGCUGUUUGUGAAAGUAAUAUUUGAUUUUUUUUAGGUUAUGUAUGAUGGAUAGUUGAAACAAGUUGUAGUUGAAAUAUUUCGUGCCGCUAUGCGAUUUUUAAGUUGAUUUCAAUUUUUUUUUAAUAAUUGUGUUAAUGAUUUUUGUCAGUAUUUUUUUAUUUUUUAAAUUAGGUUAAGAGAGCACUGACUUAGACACUUCGGAAUAGAUUAUUAUUUGCACCGUGAUUACAAACCAAUGUGUUCUCGAAAAUUUUUCGGUAAGAAAGUGAUCAAAUUGCUUGAAAAAGGACAAUAAAUAGUAAUGAAAUCUUAGUAAUAUCGUUUCGCUAAUAGCGUAGUUAACUUUUCGUCUCUUAUGACUAGAGAAGUCAUCGAUAGAUCGAACGACUGGUUAAUCCAUCGAAAUCUUGGGUCGUAGAAAUUGGCAGAUUUAGAGGAGCCUGAGAAAUUUAUUUGAACUUCGCGCUCGAUUGAAUCUAAAGAAAAAGAGAACAAGAUAACGGUCCAUGGCAUCGAGCAGGGAAUCAACAAAAAGAAACUCGCACUACUGUCGUUCAAUCGUAUGUUGAGAUAAUCUCGACGAGGAUAGAAGACACGGUUUUAAGCACGAGCCAAUGGCUCCUCUCUCUCCUUCGCUUUUUCUUGCUCCCUUUGGUAAACGCGCGAGAUCCUCUGUAAAAUAAUUCGAUCAAAGUCGCGCGUUUCGCGGUUAAACUAUGGUUGAUUUCGUCGUGAUUAACGUAAAUUGAUUUUCAUCUUCGAUUUCUUUCUUGGUAAAGUAGUGACUUUAUCUUACGAGGAUGGCAAAUACCAUCUUUGUAGAAUUAAUAUCAGGUGGCGCCAGUAAUAAGAUAAAAAUAGGAAAACUCAAUCUUGUUUCGAUUUUAAUCAUUAAUACAAAAGUUAUAUUGAUCGUUACUAUUUCGUUAAAAUGUUCUGUAUAUAAUUUGAUAAAAAUUUAAUUUGAAAUAUUGAAGAAGUAUUUAAAUAAUUAUAAUGUUUUAGUGUCGUGUUUGGAAGAUGAAAAAUUCAGAAAAAAUUAAUCGACAUUAAUCACGAUAAAACGACCGAAUAGGAAGUCGGGAAUUAUAGAUACUGACCAAAUGUUUCGAGUGAUUACCGUUUAGGCGACUUAAUAAUAUUGUCACACACUAGAUGUAAGAUGACUUCGGGAAGAACGAGUACGAAGAAAAUGACGUAGAAAUAUGGUAGCCUGAAAUUAUGUGAUAUAUAUAACGCUGUUUUCUACGGAGCUGUGCUCCGUUUAAUAAUGAUUGUUACAUCUUGGCAAGAGGGGUCGUCGACGACGAGAAUCGAUAAAAGGAAGGAAGCGUCAAUUUUUUUUUUUUUUUUUUUUUUGACUACACGACGAUACCCAACGCCGUAACUUGUACACCAUGUUUAUACUUGUACAUAAUUGAUUAUUUAUCUAUUUGUAUCGGAUGAUAUGACACGUUCGUGCAUGUGUCUUCGCUCGCAGCUACACCAUUUCAUCACACUUUAAAAUUUAAAGUUUAUUUGAUAAUAAUCGUAACAAAGUUAAAAUAUUAUAAAUUUGAAAAUUUAAGUCUGAAUAUUUUAAAUUUAAAGAUCAAUAAUUUUCUUUUAAUUUUAAAAGUAAAGAUUUCGAAUCUUUGAAUUAAUUUUCGUAACUUUUCAGAUAAAGAUUGUUUCGAAUAUCAUUUUUUCGCAAUCACUGCGAACGAAGGCUCGUUCCAAAACUGCUUUACUACUAGCCGAUAAGCAUAGAACUCACGAAGCGCAGAAGCAUAAACGAAACGAGCAAAUUCGAGGCGAAGCGAAGGGAACCAGAAGCAAAGCCGAGAAAUAUGAUCGAAGAAAAAAUAAACCAAUGACCGGUCAGCUAACUGAAAGCACCGCCAUUAUAUUUUUGCUGUGUUCAGCGUGUACGUCAACCGUAUUGUUCGAAAAAAAAUCCACGGGAUGUCUAUGGAACGAAAGCUACAACAACUGACCCUCCAUUAUACAUUGAUGAAAAAGACAAUCGUUAAAGUAUUCAUGUUCGAACCGCACUUUUUUCAAUUAUAUUAAUUCCGCUUUCAAACGAACCGCCCACUGGCGGCAGCUAUAUUGGCGACGUUCAUCGAACAAUGGUUACCACUAUGCGAAGAAUACUCGACAAACGAAACGAAAAAUCAAAAAUAACAUUUUUAAACGAUCGUUCGAUUUUUGCAAACGUAUAAGUAAUUUAGGUCUAUAAGUUGUUCGAAACAUUUUAUAGUAUAAUAAUAAAAAUAAUUUCGAGAAAUUUCUUCGCAUAGAAGGCGCCACCGAUGCUCGACAUCUCCACGAACGAAUCAAGAUCGACAGCAAUAGAUGGAAAAAGGAGAAGGGAAUUUUUCGUCGAAUUGUCACCGAAUUUCGUCCUUACGAAAAGACUUGUCUAUACAUGCGCAUUUUUUAUUCUUAAUAACGUUGAUUAAGAUUAAUUCUCUGUACGUUCCGCUCGAUGUAAAUCGAUGUUUAUAUAUACGAUUAAUCUCGCUCGAGAACGAACUCGUGCAACGAAUCAUCUUGUCUUCGCAAUAUUUUUCAUUUCUUCAUGUGUGAUCCGUGUUUCUUGUGUUGCGGGGACCAAUAGUAUCGUUGGAUUCAACUUAAAAAACGAGAAAGAAAAAUAACCUAUCUUUGUUCUUGAUUAUUCAGUUUGCAGAUCCCGCGAUACAUUUCCAGAGAAUCGAAGACUGACGCUUUUAGUUUCGUGUUUUAUCGUGUUGCUCUUAUGACGAAAGUGUUGCGUGAUAUCGGUUCACUGCCAUUCCGUUUAUUUUAUGGAACUUACCCAUACGUUUCUUGAAAGAUUCGGUCGACCAGUGAAACGUGGACAUCAUCGAUCGUGAAGAUAUAAAUUGUCGAAUAAAAAAAAAA